GGCCUUAAAUAGGACGGCGUUGGCGUCGACUGAGAGUCUGAGAUACACCCCCCAAAAAGAUACUCGACCAAUAAAAGACAGAGUCGGCGGCGCGAUUGCAAAGGGGAUCGGCGAUCAGAACAAGAAGAUGAGUGCGGGUGUGGAGAAGCCAAACAACAAAAGGGCCACGGCGGCCGAUCCGACCAGCCGAGGCGAUGCCGACGCCAAGAGGACGAAAAGGAAUCUGGGGAGCGACGGGGAAGAUACUCUGUCGCCUGGUUCCGUCGACCAUGCGUACGCCCUUGUCUUUGCCAAGAUUGCACAAGACGAAAUAGACCAAGAGUCAGCUCCCCGCCCUGUGCAAAUUCCUACAAUCGCUUACUUCAAACCUCCGACCUUGUUUCACACUGAUGAGCUCUUUUCUGUCCGUCGGUCUGGAACAAAGGCCGUGCUCUCGGCAGCCAAAUUUCUUCUAGGGGUUUCAUCCUCUCUCGAUGGUGAACCGCUAAGACGGUGCUCUGGCUUCUGGAUUGAUUGGGAUGAGGAGAGCAAAACCGGCCUUGUUCUGACAACCGCGCGGCUGAUUCGCACAAAGGAUGCUCCUGUCAGCGUCUGGUCAGGCGGUGAAGAGUAUGCUACAAACGCUGAUGUCACUGUUCAUUUGCUAAAUGGCACCAGUGCAAAGGGCCAGCUGGUCUAUCACCAGCCCCACUACGAUCUCGCUUUCCUGAAUGUUCAGAUGGAUCAACCAAUCAAGUUACCAUCUUUUAAUGAAAAAGAUGUAGAAUUUGCUCAAAAGAUUUUUCGACUUGGAAGAGACAAUGCCUUAAAUCUAAGGAUAACAUAUGCUAGAGCAGAAUAUCUGAAUCCAAGCAUGUAUGAACGGUACCACAAUAUAUAUUUCCGUUCUCCAGAUGGCCAUGGCGAUGAUAAUGAGUAUGACAAUGGGGGGCCAGUUAUUGACUUGGGUGGAAAAGUGGUCGGAAUGGUCAAUGACCCUGAGAGAUUUGAGUCUUUUAUACCUUCUUCCAUUGUGCUCAAUUGUUUGGAUUCAUGGAGGAAAUAUCAGCAUUUCGCCCGGCCCCAUCUUGGAAUGACGUUUAACGCCAUCGAACUUCUAGAACCUUCUCAUGUUGACAUGUUAUGGCGUAUGUAUAACAUUGAUGACGGUCUUGUCGUUCAAGAGGUGUCAAAAGGAUCUAAUGCUGAGAUACUCGGAAUCCAAAAAGGUGAUGUUAUUGAAUCUAUCAAUGGGAAACGUGUUUCUACAACAAUUGAGUUCGAAAAUAUGCUGAUGAGCACAUGCAAGGUCCCUUCAGAUGUUGAAGUUCAUAUUUCUGUUGGGGUGUUUCACACACUCAAAAAAGAACGAAGCACCAUAGAGUUGACUGCAAAUUUAUCCGAACUUGGAGAAGUCAUUACAAGCUAGAUAAUUAUUAUACAGAUACAGUGCUAGCACUAAGUAUGUAAGCUUAUGUGCGUUGUGCAAUACACUCUUACGUGAAACCCAUGUGAUGUUUAAAAUAUCAUACCACACCAUAAAAUAUGCUGAUAUUUUGGAAGUUUAUGGUUUUCGUAAAUGGGUGGUGUGCAGCAGGUUGUGGAGAACAGACUUCUUUUUUUUUACGGGGAGUGGAGAACAGACUUCAUCCAUGUUUUUUUACCCUAGCAUCCAUCUUCCAUUUGUAGACUUGGAAGUUUUUGGGUUUUUUGGAACAAGAGAUGCAUGUCUGUGCUUGUAGGUUUGUUGACGGGCGCUAACUUUGAGUUGUGUGACAUUUUGCAAAGAAUACAGAUUAAAUAUUGAUUGCAUGUUCACUCUCCGUUUUCUUUUUGGAUGGGAAUACAAAACAUUCGCCUUGAGA